AUGCCGCACUGUCAAAACACGGAAUUCCGUCGUUCGGAUUCAUUUGUAUGUGAUUCUUGUGACAAAUCGAUUCACUAUGUGUGUUGCUUUGUGAUCGAUUCCACUGUGGACACAGUUUCGAGAUGCCUUGAUUGUCGAUUUUCCUUACAAACUUUCGAUGACCGAUUCCAAGUGUUGACAGAAAUUCGCGAUAGAAUAUAUGAGCAGCUGGAAAGUGAUGAAGACGUUCUGAAAGAUGUUUCGAUUGAUAGAGAAAAUUUACAAUCACUCUUCAGUGACACCAAAGAAACUCGUAAACGUCUGGAAUCUGCACUUGAAUCCAUCGGUUGUGGACAUAGGACAUGGUAUCAACAGAUUACCGGCAACCAGGCGAGAAAAUUGCUUCGUCCUUCCAACAUCCAACUUGUGCUUUCCAUUUUUCUCGCUGAUUGUUCUCCAAAGCUCCCUCUGAUCGAGAAAAUCAUGCACGAUUUGUCGUGGAUUAUGUCUUUUUGCAACAACAGCGAAAAAUCAGAUGCAGAAAUCGAUGAACUUCAGGACAUCCUCUGGAAUCUCGAAUCGAACAUGAAGAAAGCAUUUCCAUCCGCGACAGUGUCUCCUAAACUGCAUUUAUUGUUCGUUCACUUAGUUCCGUACGUGAGAAUUCAUCGAAGCCUGGGCCAUUUGACAGAACAAGGCAUGGAACACCUACAUGCAAUCGUCAAUGUGCUUAACGUUAGAUUUUCUGCCGUCACUAACCCUGAGUCAAAAGCUAUUCUAAUUGUCAAACACCUUGCCAAUUUAAAUUUCCUUUUUGAUACUCACCAAUCCUGGUUUCAAUCCGAGUGA